AUGGAAGACUACAAAAGAAACGGAACUGCCACGGACGCUGUCAGCAAACGAGAUAAGAGAAGAAACAAUAUUGCUACUCGAUUACAGAAACUAGAACUGACGUUCAAGAAUGAUCGAGAUAUAUUCUAUCGCAACAGUUUACAUGAACUACAAAACAAAUUAGCAAGUCUACAGCAAGGUACCAACGAAGAAUAUGUAACAAAAAAAACACAACUAGAAGAAGUGAGAGACUAUGAGUUGACCAAAUUACGUCUUUGGGAGGAAUAUCAAGUCAAGAGUAUAGAAAUGGAAUACAAUCAAGCUUUACAGAAGGCAAAGGAGAAUCAUGAUAAGAUGAUCAAAUUGAUCAAGGAGAAACUAUACGAUAAACUACAGAAACAGAUAAAGACGUUGAAAGAGGAUAAGUAUUUGUUAAAUCUAUUGAAUAACAACAGUUAUAAUCACGGUAAUGAAGGUGGGGCACACAGAGACAAUGAAACACUAGCAGCAGCUAUGGGGUUGAAUCUUCAUGACAGAAGAUCUUUGAGAAAACGUGGUGAAUAUUUUGGACGAUUUGCUACAGGAGAAAUGGAUGAUUUAUCAGAUGGGGGAGGAGGCUUGAAUGGUAAUAUAUCAUCAGCACAAAAUGGGUCGGGUUAUAUCUCCCUGGGUAAAAGGAGACGACUUCAUACCACAAGAUAUUCAUCAAAUGACGAAGUAUCGAGUAGUACGGCAAGUGCGAAACCUUGGCACAAUGGACAUGCAAGUUCUACUACUCAACAUAGCUCGGUAUAUGCUCACAAUAGGACCAAUGGUGGUGUCAACAGUGGAUAUGAGUCCAAUUUCAGUGACAAAGAUUAUGAUGCAUUGAAUUCAUUUAUAAUGGAGAAUGAAGACGGAGUCAAGUCGUUGAUUUAUGACGGAAAUGGUUUGAAUGGUGAUGAUGGAAAUCAUAAUAGUUAUAAAGUUCAAACACGUGGUUCACAUAAACAAUUUGUGGGACCUCAGGGUUUGAAACCCGAAGAAUUGAAUGAUGAUUUGGUGCUACUAAGGACCGCAAUAGUGAAGAAAGAGAAAUGA